CGGAUUGGCCCCGGCCUCGCCCAAUCCGUGAGCUGGAUCUCGACCAAUGGUAACUCAUUCUGGCAGAGAGUUGCGCCGCCACUAAGGGGCAGUGGCAACACUAAUGGUCUCAUCUUCGGAUAAUGAGGAUAUAAAAUCGACUCGGGAGAGAAAAAAUGAUAGAAAAAUUGUCCGUAAGCAAAGACGUGCUCAACACAGACUUUUAAGAGAACUGAAUAUUAACUCCAGUGAUACACCGACGGAGCAUCUGAUGGUAUGCAAUGCGGGAUUGUUGACCGGACUCGAACGAGAAACAUUGGACCAUAUCGUUGGAUCCAUUGUUUCGGAAUAUGAAUUAAUCAUGCCACCAAGGAAGUCGUAUUGCUUUGUUGAAUUUGUAUCGAAGAUCGAUGCUCAAGUUGUAUAUGAUAAAGUUCACGGUCGUGUGAAUUUGCCAGAUAAGAGUACACCAUUUUAUUUAUCAUAUACGAAGUCUGUACCACGGUUUAACGAUUGUUUAUGGAAUUCUGCGCUUCCCCUUGGAUUGACAUUGAUAGAAGAUUUUGUAACGGAAGAGGAAGAAGAUGCUCUAUUACGAUCAAUUUCCUGGCAUCAAGAUGAUGUACCAUCGUCAGAAUUGAAACAUCGACAAGUAAAGCACUUUGGAUAUGAAUUCCGUUAUGAUACGAACAAUGUGGACUGCAAUAAUCCAAUAGUUCCGAUACCGGAGGAAUAUGAGUACCUACAAUCUCGUUUUAAGGAGAGAAACUGUGGAAAAUAUACUUUCGACCAACUUACCAUAAAUCGCUAUUUACCAGGACAAGGCAUUCCACCCCACAUCGACACGCACAGUGCUUUCGAGGAUACGAUAUUAUCUCUCUCGUUGGGAUCAUCCAGUGUAAUGGAUUUCAAGCGAGGAGACAUGAAAGCAAUGAUAUUCUUACCAGCACGAUCACUGUUGGUAAUGUCUGGUGAAGCUCGCUAUGCAUGGUCUCAUGGUAUUUGCCCAAGACACAAUGACAUAAUAAAAGUGGAAAGUGGACUUACAACUAGACCCAGAGGAACCCGAACAUCCUUCACAUUCCGGAAGGUUCUUAAAGGAGAUUGUCGGUGUCAAUUUAAUGAUUUCUGCGAUACUCCACAUAAAACACCUGCAUUGAAAAUCACAUCCCAAGAAGCACCAGCUCUGGAACAAUCUUACGUCCAUGAAGUAUACGAAGGUAUUUCGGAUCACUUUGACGAAACCAGACGAAAACAGUGGCCAAAAGUUGUUGAAUUCCUCGAUGCUGUAGAGAUAGGUGGAAUCCUUCUUGACAUUGGCUGCGGUAAUGGAAAAUAUCUACAUCGUACACGAGAUGUAUUCAAGAUUGGUUGCGACCGUAGCAGAGGUUUGGCAGAGAUAUGUCGCAAGAGAGAAUUCGAGAUUCUUCUCGCAGACAAUUUGCAAUUACCCUAUAAGGAUAAUUCUGUGGAUGCUGCGAUAAGUAUUGCAGUGAUUCACCAUCUAUCCACCCAUGAGAGAAGAAAACAGGCCAUUUCGGAGAUAACCAGAGUUCUUCGACCGAAGGGGAAAUGUUUGAUCUAUGUCUGGGCGAUGGAGCAAAACAGAAACUCCACAAAAUCGACGUAUUUGAGAUUUGGAACCAGCAAAACCGAGAAUAAGGGAGAGAGUCAACACAAGCAAAUUGUGGAUAAUGGAUUGUCCUUACCUAUCCAUGAAAAUCGAACUGAUUUUACUCACCACGAUAUGCUAGUCCCAUGGAAGUUAAAGAAGGGCCAAAACUUCCUUAGGUACUACCACUUGUUCGAGGAGGGAGAGCUCAGCCAAUUGUGUUCAGAAAUAAGUUCUUGCCAAGUUAACGAAGUGUAUUACGAUCAGGGAAAUUGGUGCGCAAUUCUAGAAAAAGGAACAUCUUAGAACGUUGCAACCGUAUACGAACGUUUAAGAAAUAAAAUCUAAAAUUCCGCUCUUC